GACGUCAUGAGAAAGUAUAAAAAUUGAUUCAUCGCCGUUUUCCAUUAAUCGCGUUGUGUGUCUCAAAGAAGAGCAGUUAGGAUCUGCUGGUCUACCUGUUAAAGUUUUGGAAUAAUCCAACAGUUAUCAUACGUGAGAGAUGGCUCGUACCAAGCAGACCGCCCGUAAGUCCACCGGAGGAAAGGCGCCAAGGAAGCAGCUCGCCACAAAGGCGGCCAGGAAAAGUGCGCCAUCCACCGGAGGAGUGAAGAAGCCCCAUCGUUACAGGCCAGGAACAGUGGCUCUGAGGGAGAUCCGUCGUUAUCAGAAGUCUACUGAGCUGCUGAUCCGCAAGCUGCCUUUCCAGCGUCUGGUGAGAGAAAUCGCGCAGGACUUCAAGACGGACCUGCGUUUCCAGAGUGCUGCCAUUGGUGCCCUUCAGGAGGCCAGCGAAGCGUACCUGGUGGGUCUGUUUGAGGAUACCAACCUGUGCGCCAUCCACGCCAAGCGUGUCACCAUUAUGCCCAAAGACAUCCAGCUGGCCCGCAGGAUAAGGGGAGAGAGGGCCUAAAUGGUACCUCCUGCUCUAGACACACAAUUCUAUUUAUCUCACUUAACCAUUUUGUGAAUUUUAAAAACAUUGUUAUUUCUUUUCUUUUUGUAAUGUAUUUUAGAAUGAGGUAACGAUCAGAUAUGGUUAGUGUGCAGAUAGGCCGAUCGGCUUGCCUUCAAUUGCAAAUGAGGCUUGUUUUUAUCUUGGUGGCGGAGGAAAGAUUUACAUGGCUGUCACCCUGUUGACUUCAGUCAGGUGGCUUCACAUGUUAACUGGCUCAUUUAGGGUGACAGUAAUACAUACUCUAGAUGACAGAGCCUUUGUGGUUGGGGGGGUUAUGAGGUGAAAGAACGAGUCAGCUCUUUACGUCAGCUUCCGGGGUGGUGUCAGGGUCUCAUCUCUUUCCACCCUUUGUCUCAGCAGUCUGCCAGCAUGUCUUGCACAACAGUUCACUCCUAGCACUCCAUAAUGGUGUCAGGGGGAUUGUCUAUGCAGUUACUCCUCCUGACACUGUCAGGGAUGGCCAGGAGGAUGACCAAGACUCUGUAUAUUCUGGACUGUUUUUUACAAUGUUAUUUUUCCAACAUGCAACAAACCUUGGCAGCUACAUUUAAUAUUUAUGAGUGUCACAUUGUCUUUCUAUUAAAUGUGUUUACAAGUAAA